AUGACAGCCCCUCAACAGCUGGUGUGGUUUAUCACAGGCACCACUUCAACACUAGGAUUUGGUGCUCGUUUAGUCUCUACUGCACUUUCGCGAGGUGAUCUUGUCAUCGCAACCGGCCGGUCACAAGAAAAACUGGACAAACUCCUCGAGAAACACGUCAAAACAGAUAAUCUACGAGUUUUACAACUGGAUGUCACUUCCAGUCCAGAUAUCGUGAAGGAUGUGGUCAACCAAGCUGUAGCCUUUUGGGGACGUAUUGACGUUGCAGUCAAUAACGCUGGUAAUGGUGAACUGGGACUCAUAGAGGAAACCGAUACGUCGGCGAUGCGGCGUCAAUUUGAGACUAAUCUAUUUGGACCUGUAGAAGUCAUGAAGGCCAUACUACCCCAUAUGAGGCCUCGAAGAAGUGGGACAAUAGUCGUGCUUGGCAGCCGAUCCAUUUGGAUAGGCGAAACACCAGGUCUAGUUCAUUACUCCGCUUCAAAGGCUGCUUUGCAUGCCAUGGCGGAAGGUCUUGCUUCAGAAGUAUCCCACCUGGGCAUUCGUGUCUUGCUCCUCGCUCCCGGAGCUUUUCGCACAGACAUCUACUCCAACAGUCCAUUUCACCAGGACAAUUUCAUCUCAGACUACGAUGAUCUUCGAGCAGCUUGCACUAAACGCUUUGCGGGAAUAGCUGGCCAUGAGCCCGGGGACCCCGUAAAGGCCAUGGAGGCUCUCGUCGACGUGGUGAGAGGCGAAGGUGUUGCCGUAGGCAAGAAAUGGCCUGAGCCCGGAACGUCGCUCCUUUUGGGAAACGAUGCAGAAAGGGACUUUUACAAGAGGUUUGAAAAACUGAAGGCUGCAGUAUCGGAGUGGACGGAUGUUGUGAGGGGUAUGUGGUAUCCUGGUAAUGCAAUUUAA